GUGAAAUUCCCAGUUGGGGAGAAUAAAUAGAGCCAGCAGCCUGCGUGUGGGGCAGACGGCUUCAUCAUGUCUUCUGGAGGUCUCCUUCUUCUGCUGGGACUCCUCACCCUCUGGGCGGAGCUGACCCCUGUCUCCAGCCAGGACCGUCCAAAGUUUUGUCAUCUUCCACCUGAGAUCGGACCAUGUAAAGCCAAUAUUCGUCGCUUCUACUACAACCCGGCUUCAAACAAAUGUCAAGAAUUUAUUUAUGGUGGUUGUGGAGGCAAUGCCAACAAUUUUAAGACCAUAGAUGAAUGCCACUACACCUGUGUUGCAUUACCAACAAGGAGACCCACCAGAAUUGGAACUACUGUUCGAACUUGAGCCAAAGAUCCUUCUUCUGUCCUGGACCAUCCUGGAGACCCUCCCCCCAAAACCCACCCUGGGCUCAUUCCUUCUCUUCUGCAAUAAAGCUUUGGUUCCAGCUGC